CCGGAGGUGGGCCAUCAGCUGGUAGCGGGGGCUCAUCAGAAGGGAGAGAAGGCGGGCGUUCACGACCGCGGCGACCCCGUCCACCACUCCCUGGAGACCGUCCAUCUUGUCGUGGGAGAACUCGUAGAGCUCCGCGGCGUGUCGAGCGUGCCGAGCCUCCGCGGUAGGGAGCAGGGUGGAGGCAGAGGAAGAAGGAUUCCCACGGGGUUCCGAGUCAGACCAUCCCUGAUCACAGCAGCACCGGCGCAUAAAAUUGAUGGAUUUCCCCAACACAAGAAUCUUGUGGGCCAAGGCCUCGGGGAGAAAGCGCGGAAUCAUACCCGGACGCAAGGCAUACCGAUGGUGCCAGAGCGACUCGUCGCUGUCCUGAGUAUGUGGGGCUCCGAGCCCGGGGGCUCUUUCCCUCCGACUUUCCCUCCCUUGGGGAUCGGCGACCACUACCACAAAAAAUUCCCCAUGAGCAUCGGAGAGCUCCCCUUCCAGAAUCCAACGCCGGAGCAUCUCAAACAGGGGCAGCGAGACCC